AUGAAGGCUUCCGCGACACUGUUGGCCGCGGCCGCCAUCCUCUACCAAGGCGCGGCCGCCCUCCCCGCCGCCGGCUGGACCGGUACUGCCGUGACUCCGGCCAAGGUCGUCGAACGUGCCGACGCCGCCCCCUCCGCCUUCCCUGGCGCCGAAGGGUUCGGCCGGAAUGCGAUUGGUGGCCGGACGGGAACGGUGUAUAAGGUUACCAACCUCAAUGACUCCGGCACGGGAUCCCUCCGCGAUGCCGUCUCUCAACCCAACCGGAUCGUCGUCUUCGACGUAGGCGGCGUCAUCAAGAUUGACGCCCGGAUCGUGGUAUCCAAGAACGUUUACAUUGCAGGACAGACAGCUCCUGGCGGUGGCAUCACAGUCUAUGGAAACGGCUUCUCCUGGUCCAACGCCAACGAGGGCAUCGUCCGCUACAUCCGCAUCCGCAUGGGCAAGGGUGGCGACUCGGGCAAAGACGCAAUCACCAUCGCCGACGGCAAAAACAUGAUCUUCGACCACGUCUCCGUCUCCUGGGGCCGCGACGAAACCUUCUCCAUCAACGGCGACGUCUCCAAUGUCACCAUCGCGGACUCCAUCAUCGGUCAGGGGCUCGAGACUCACUCGUGCGGAGGUCUCAUGCAGACGAACGAGGGCGGCGUCUCCCUCUUCCGAAACCUCUACAUUGACAACAAGACGCGCAACCCCAAGGUCAAGGGCGUGAACUCCUUCAUCAACAACGCCGUGUACAACUGGGGCGGCGGCGGCGGGUACAUCGCGGGCGACUCCGAGGGCGCGAGCUACGCGAAUAUUAUUCAGAACUACUUCAUCUCCGGGCCCUCGACCUCCGUCACGGCUUUCACGCGCGGCAACGCAAACUUCCGCGGCUACGUCAAGGAUAACUUCUACGACUCCAAUAAGGACGGCGUGCUUAACGGCGCGGCCCUCUGCGUCUCAACGACAUGCUACUCCAACAUGGCCAUCCAGACCACCGCCUUUGACUACCCCGCCCCAGCAAAGCUCCUCUCCGCCGCUGACGCCGUCGCGCACGUCGCGGCCAAGGUCGGUGCCUCCAUCGCCCGUGACAGCGUUGAUGCCGCUUUGGUGAAAGAACUCCUGUCCUACGGAAAAUCAGGCAAGCUCAUCUCCGAUGAGGCUGACAUGGGCGGCGCGGGCGACAUCGCGGCCGGCACGGCCAAGAAGGAUACCGACGGCGAUGGAAUCCCCGAUGAAUACGAGACCGCCAACGGUCUGAACCCCAAUGAUGCCUCGGACGGUAUGAAGAUCGGUGCUGGCGGCUAUGCGAACCUCGAGAUUUACGUCAACUCGCUCGUUCCCGCCGUGUACUAG